ACGUCAAAAAAUUAACCUUAUUCUUGAAUCUGUCAUUUUGAAUUUUAUCAACAAAUAAUGUUCACGGUAGAUUUUGGAGAUGAUUCAGGGUGGAAAGAGUCUUUUUUCAAGGAUGAUUUUAGUGUGGAUCAGUGUUUGUCAAAGUACACACAAAAAUCGGAUUUGGAAACCCUUCGUAGAGACUUGAAAAACUAUGGGGUCGACCUACAACAACAGAUGUCUGAAAUACUCAAAACAGAAACAGAAGCUAUAGUCAAUUUGGCCGAAUAUUUGACAAAUUUAAAUUCUAAAAUUGAAAACUUGUCCCUUCCUGUUUCUCAGCUGCGGGAGGAGAUUAUGACGCUGUUUAACUUGAUUGAAUUGGCCGAGAGAAGUUAUAAAGAGAUGUUAGAAAAUGUAAAAGACAACAAUAUAAAGAAGAAUAAUUUGCGUUUGAAGCUUGGGAUUAUUUCUUCCUCUGUAUACAUAGACAAAAUGUUGAAAUCAUCUGCAGAUUCUUUUGAAGAUUUAAUCGUAUUGGAAAGAGUAGUUAACAAGUAUUCUUUUCAAAGAAACUACAUCAAUGAAUUAGGUAUCGUGUCUUCAGAUAUUGAAAUUAUCACACAAAAUAUAGAAAACAGACUGGUUCGAAUGGUAAAUGAAAACUUCUUAAAAUCUUUCAAAAAUGAAGAUUCUGACGUUCUGACAAGAUGUCUCCGAAUGUACGAUAAUUUGAGCAAACAAGAAGAGGCACUGGAGAUAUUCAGAACUAGCAUGGUACUUCCUUAUCUGGAGAAGUUAUUCACAGAAAGUAAUUUGGAAAGGUCAAACCAGAAUCUUGAUAAAAUCUAUGAGGAAGUUUUGUAUUUUAUGGAUACUAAAAUGAGUAUUCUAGAUAACAUUUUGUCAGCUAAUCCAGAUUUAACUUCCUACAACUUCACUCUCCACAGUUUUUGGAAAGAAUUUGACCUACAAUCACGCCAGGGUUUGCCGCACAUCACAGCACCAGGGAAUCCAGAAUUAUUUCAGAAACGAUUCAAAAGUACUUGGAACGUUUUACUCAGAAUUGCAAAAAAAUGUGGAAAUGAAAAUCUAAUAACGGAAAACGAAACGUUUCAAGAACAUUUAAAGAGGUUCAACUUACCUGUUUAUUUUGAAAUUCGUUACCAGAGAAUUGCAGGAAACUUUGAGACUGAUAUACUUGUUGAUAAAAACGAAAUGAAUUCCAUGAAAAAUGAACUGUCGUGCAAGUUCAAACCAACUGUUGCUCUUUGGGUUGCUGUCUCUGAGUGCUUUCACGAAAAUAGCUACUUAGACCAACUUGCUGAUCAGUUUUUGAAACUCUCCAUGAUGCUCUUGUCAAGAUAUCUGUGGUGGUUCCAAACAAUAUUGCAAAAUGGUUUUGAAGAUAGUAAUACUCGACAAACAUUUAUAAUGGAUUCUCUAGUUGACUUGAGCAUUGUGGAAACUUUUAUGGCACCAAACGCACAUAACUUAUCAGACAUUGAGAACACAGUUUUCAAAAUAGUAAACCCUAAAAUGAUAGGACUUAUCAUACGAAUACUCAAGUCGAAUAGGAAGGCAAUAGAAGCUGUACAGAGUAUUUUGAGAGACCACUUAGUCAAUGCAAAAUAUGAAGAAAUUUCCAUUUCGCUCCAAAAUGUAGGUGCCAUUCCUAGACUUUACAGAAGAACAAACAGAAGUGUACCCAAAGAUGCUAGUUCAUAUAUGAUCAAUGCAGUUAAACCAAUAGUGCAGUUCCAUAAUGAAUACCAAAGUAUAAUGCAGAAUCAAGCACAGGAUAUUUUAGAUUCCAUCAUUUCCCGUGUUUCUCAACAGUAUCUAACUUUGGUGCAAAGUGUUUUGCAAUCUGUUUGCAAGACUGAAGAAUCUUUGAGAAGAUUGAAGAGCAGAACAUUGAAUGCUGGGGAAGAAUCUACUCCUCACACAGACACAGUAUCAGAUGAAAUGAAAAUCAGGGAACAAAUAAAGCUAGACGUGGCUUAUUUCCUUGAUAAGUUGUAUCCCUUAGGAUCAACUUCCUCCAGAGGUACAAUGGACGUAUUGAAGAAAGAAAUAAUGUGAUUCACACAAAACUAGACUGUUCAAAUAAUUGUUAAUUUUUUCAUUUAAUUUAUUAAAAGUUUUCUGUAAAAA